CUACGCUUCCUUCCGGUUCGCGAGCAGAGGCCGGAAGUGGACGUUCUCCGGCGACUGGAAAUUUAGAAAGUCUGUGAGGGCGGCGGCAGAACUUCGCAGAGACGCUGGUUCUCGCUCCUGGUUAUCGCGGCUGAGCAGGGAUUUAACUGCCACCAUGUCGAGCAAAAGGGCAAAGACCAAGACCACCAAGAAGCGCCCUCAGCGCGCAACGUCCAAUGUCUUCGCCAUGUUUGACCAGUCCCAGAUCCAAGAGUUCAAAGAGGCCUUCAACAUGAUCGACCAGAACCGGGACGGCUUUAUUGACAAGGAGGACCUGCACGACAUGCUGGCUUCAAUGGGAAAAAAUCCAACUGAUGAGUACCUGGACGCCAUGAUGAACGAGGCCCCAGGCCCCAUCAAUUUCACCAUGUUCCUCACUAUGUUUGGAGAGAAGCUGAACGGCACCGACCCCGAGGACGUCAUCAGAAACGCCUUCGCUUGCUUCGAUGAGGAAGCGAUCGGCACCAUCCAGGAGGAUUACCUGAGGGAGCUGCUGACCACCAUGGGCGACCGCUUCACAGACGAGGAAGUGGAUGAGCUGUACAGGGAGGCCCCCAUUGACAAAAAGGGGAAUUUCAACUACAUCGAGUUCACACGCAUCCUCAAGCACGGCGCGAAAGACAAAGAUGACUGAAGUGCCGCGGCUUCCAGCCAAAUGUGCCCUGUUGCCAUUGGGGUAUUUCUGAGAUUUUUCUCCCAGAGCCUGUUGCACACCCUAACUUUACUGCCUUUUGCCUUUCUUGUUUUGUAUUUAUUCUCAGCCACUUUGGGCCACAUGUACCUUUAUAAUCAGACUGGAAAUGGGACUUUCUGUCAUUAUCCAAUGAGAAAGUAAGGUAAUUUAACCUACAGGCAGUCUUGUCCCUUGUAAUAACUGAAGCCCACAGAGUCAAUAUAUUUUUUCAGAGAAAGUUAUCCACUCAAUUUUUUCUGAAUGAUAAUUAAACUUUCUGAUAAAAUA